UCUUUCACAGACUCGACUCGCACCUCUUUCAACCUCCGUAGCUUGCUCGGUUUCUUUGCCUCUUAGUUCCCAUAGCACCACACGUACAGACACGACGGCAAGACUACGAACCACGAGGAGGCAAGGAGGCGUGCAAGGUCCGAAGCCGACGAAGGUUCUGAAGCCUUUGCAUUGAAAUUCGCGUCUCCUCCGCGAUCGAAGUUCCGCAAGUCAUCAACAUGGCAGCGCAUGAAGCGGUGCCGGCCCAUGGGUCCGGCAUCAAGGUUGCCUCCUACCAUGCUCCUCCAGCUAGGUCAGCAGCAGGCGCAGACGUACACACUCUGAGAUGUCUUGCCACGGACAUUCACCUUGGCUUUCACCUGUCCAAGCAUAUUGCUCAGGUUGUCACCUCCACUCUUGCAGCUAGCACAUACAUUCUCUUCACCGACACCACUCUGGCCAGCUUGCACGCUCCUGCAGUCCUGAAUGAGCUCAGAUCGGCACUGCAAGCAAAGGACUCCAAAGCUCGUGUCCUUUCGCGAGCCAUUCCUCCUGGCGAAGGAAGCAAAAGCCGGGCGACCAAGGCGGAGCUGGAGGAUUGGAUGCUGUCACAUGGUGUCACCCGCGAUGCCGUAGUACUGGCGCUGGGUGGAGGUGUGGUGGGAGAUCUGAUCGGAUUCGUAGCUGCCACUUUCAUGAGGGGUGUUCGCUACGUGCAGAUCCCAACCACGCUCCUCGCCAUGGUAGACAGCGCUGUGGGCGGCAAGACGGCAAUCGAUACGCCGAACGGAAAGAAUCUGGUAGGCGCAUUCCAUCAACCUCAGUACGUCUUCAUCGAUGCCGCAUUCUUACAGACUCUGCCCGAGCGCGAGUUCAGCAACGGCAUGGCUGAGGUGGUCAAGACGGCAGCGAUCUGGGACGCUGCUGACUUCGUCAAACUUGAGAAUCACGCCCCCGCAAUCAGGUCUGCUGUCUUGGGACCCUUUCCCGAGGAUCAGGCCAUCGAUGCUGGCAGGAUCUUGGAGACGCGCAGUGUGGCCCAGACCCUCCUGCUGGAUGUCAUUCGAGGUAGCGUCGGAGUCAAGGCGCACAUCGUCACCAUUGAUGAGAAGGAGACUGGUUUGAGAAAUCUCGUCAAUUUUGGUCACUCUGUUGGACACGCGAUAGAGGCCGUCUUGACACCCGACAUGCUCCACGGAGAGUGCAUCAGCGUAGGCAUGAUCCUCGAAGCGGAAAUCGCUCGUGGUAUGGUAGGACUGUCCCAAGUGGCGGUUGGAAGGUUGUCCAGAUGCUUGCAGCAGUACAACCUGCCAGUGUCGGUCAUCGACUCGCGCAUCGCCCGCUUGCCCAAGUCAGAGGGUCUCACGGUCGAGAGGCUUUUGGACAUCAUGAGAGUCGACAAGAAGAAUUCGGGCACGGAGAAGAAAAUUGUCUUGCUCUCCCGCAUAGGAGCGACCGCUGAAGAUAAGGCGAGCACGGUCCCGGACGCCAUCAUUGCUCGCAUUCUGAGUGCUGGCAUACGCAUCGUGCCGGUCGACAGAGCGCCAGUCAAGGCUCAGACAGUGAUCCAACCACCAGGCUCUAAGAGCGUGAGCAAUCGAGCGCUAGUGCUGGCUGCGCUAGGCAGCGGCUCUUGUCGUAUCAAGAAUUUACUUCACUCGGACGACACACAGGUCAUGAUGGCAGCACUGCAUGACUUGGGAGCGGCUACCUUCGAAUGGGAAAACGAAGGCGAGACGGUCAUUGUCCACGGCAAAGGUGGCGCAUUAAAGGCACCGGAGAGCUCCAAAGACAUCUACUUGCAAAAUGCAGGUACUGCUGCACGAUUCAUGACUGGUGUGUGCUCCUUGCUGACCGUGGGCAACUCUGCAAUUACUGUCACCGGGAACGCACGGAUGAAGGAACGUCCCAUCGGACCUUUGGUGGACGCACUCCGCUCCAACGGAACAGAGAUUGAUUACAAAGGUAGAAUCGGCUGUCUGCCCCUGUCGAUUGCGCCCGGCGGCAUCAAAGGUGGACGCAUUCAAUUGAGCGCGAGCAUCAGCUCCCAGUACGUUUCUUCUCUUCUUUUGGUUGCGCCAUACGCGUCGCAAGAAGUCACGCUGGAGCUUGUGGGGGGUGUAGUCAUUUCUCAACCGUACAUCGACAUGACCAUAGCUAUGAUGCGCGACUUCGGCAUCCAAGCCGAACGUCUCAGGGACCCACAGUCCGGCGAGCUGACAGACUCGUAUCGCAUCCCUCAAGGUGUCUACAAAGCCCCGUCGAUCUACGAGGUCGAGAGCGACGCCAGCAGCGCCACAUACCCCCUUGCGUUCGCUGCCGCUCUAGGCACUCAGGUCACUGUACCGAAUAUAGGGUCAGGCAGCCUGCAAGGUGACGCACGCUUCGCUCGAGAUGUUCUUGCACCGAUGGGCUGCAAGGUGGAACAGACGCCGACGAGCACGAGUGUACAGGGGCCACCCAACGGUCAACUUCGUCAGGUCGGCUCCAUCGACAUGGAACCUAUGACGGACGCCUUCCUCACGGCUUCAGUCUUGUUUGCCAUUGCCGCGCCUGGUGAGAGAGGCGCUUCAUCAACGCGUAUCACCGGCAUUGCAAACCAAAGAGUGAAAGAGUGCAACCGCAUCAAGGCCAUGAUGGACGAGCUCGCCAAACUUGGCGUCAAGACUCAAGAACACGAAGAUGGUCUAGAAAUUUGGGGUGUUCAUCCCUCUAAGCUUAGAUCGGGUGUUCAGGUGCAUUGCUACGACGAUCAUCGCGUCGCUAUGGCGUUCAGUAUCCUUUCUGCCAUAGUGCCUGGUACGGGCGUGGUCAUGGAUGAAGCUCGGUGCACUGCCAAGACGUGGCCAAAUUACUGGGACGACAUCAACGCUACGCUCGGCCUGCAGCUAGAAGGCGUGGACAUCCAAACGCCUCGGCCGGCCGCCUCCACGAGCGCUACCCUGAGCACACUCAGUAAGAGUCUUACACCUGUCCAGUACGCCAGGGAUGCCAGCAUCGUAUGCAUUGGCAUGCGUGCCUCGGGCAAAACUUAUUUGGGUGGUUUCGGUGCGGCUGCGCUGCAACGACCCUUUGUCGAUGCUGACGUAGUCUUCAAUGAGCGAUACACCCUCAAUAACUUUGUCGCUGAGCACGGCUGGCCUGCCUUCCGCGCCAAAGAAACGGAGAUUCUCAAGGAGCUCUUGACCACCAAAGCUUCCGGUCACCUAAUCUCACUAGGUGGAGGUGUGAUCGAGUCGGAAGACAAUCGACUUCUGCUUCAGGAGUACGCACGUACCCGCGGGCCCGUCGUCUACGUCAUGCGGGACUUUGAAGAGGUUGUGAAGUUCCUCUCCACCUCGGACCGUCCAUCUUACGGAGAGCCUGUUCGCGAGGUCUUCAAGCGACGACGCCCUUUCUUCUAUCAAUGCUCGAGUUACGAACUCGUUAGCUACUCUGGCAAUACCGCCAUCAUCGACACUUUUGACGCUGAGACGGGCCACAAUGCAUCAAGCGGUCUCGCGAAUGGUCAAGCUGGCGCACUCAAUAGUAGUUUGUCCGGACCACCGAGCCGCGCACUCUCUAUACGACGCGCGCAAGGCCUCGUCGAAGAGAUCGCGAGGUACUUCCGCUUCAUAGCUGGUGUUGAGACCAAUCAGAUCGCGGACCUAGGCAGCCCAGGCAGGCAGACAUUCAUGCUCAGUCUCACAUUCGCAGAUGUCACCCCCGCUCUUUCUCUGGUCGAGACGCUGACCGCCGGCGUCGAUGCGAUCGAGCUUCGCGUAGACCUUCUAAGCGAGGAAGGCGUGCAGCCUCAAACGCCGCGCAUUCCCGAUGCAUUCUACGUCGCGACUCAAUUGGCAGCCCUCCGACAACGCACACAUUUGCCAGUCAUUUUCACCGUUCGCACCAAAAGCCAAGGCGGCAUGUUCCCUGACGAUGCCAUUGAGGAGUACUUUGAGCUCAUCAAGCUUGGCUUCCGUCAAGGUUGCGAGUACGUUGAUGUGGAAAUGCGCCAUGCCGAGGACCGACUGGCUGCAGUUCGUGCUCAUCGAGGGUACUCGCAUAUCAUUGCUUCCCAUCACAAUUGGAACGGCGAAAUGCGCUGGGACUCACCUGAGACCCUCAAGCAGUACGAGCUGGGUUUGCGCUUUGGAGACGUUGUCAAGAUUGUGGGUAGGGCCUUUUCUCCGGCAGACAACUUUGCUUUAGAGGCGUUCAGGGCCAAGGUAUCCGCUCGACCGGAUGCCAAGCCACUGAUAGCAAUCAACAUGGGCGUGGCAGGUCAGCUCAGUCGGAUUCUGAACAAUACACUGCUGCCCGUUACACACCCGGCGAUGCCAACCUCUGCUGCGCCUGGCCAGCUUUCUGUGGUGCAAGUCAACCAAGCAAGGGCCUUGACAGGCGCUCUCAGUCCUCAAAAGUUUGUCCUGCUCGGUACGCCCAUUUCACAUUCGCUGAGCCCCGUCUUGCACAACACUGGGUUUGAGCAUCUCGGGCUGCCGCAUCGAUACGCCCUGUUUGAGACCGAUGCGGUGGACGGACGCAUCACCGACUUGAUUCGACAACCUGAUUUCGGUGGUGCGAGCGUCACAAUGCCUUUCAAGUUGGCCAUUGCGAAGCAUCUAGACAGCGUCUCGGCCGAAGCGCAGGUCAUAGGCGCGAUCAACACGAUCAUUCCACAGCGGCCCCAUAACGCUGCGCCAGGAGAGCCGGCGCACCUGGUCGGAGAUAACACAGACUGGAUUGCAAUUACUGAGUGCUCCAGGCGCAACCUAUCGCCUCUUCAACUUUCUAGCACCGACUUCACCGCGCUCGUCAUUGGCGCGGGAGGAUCGGCGCGGGCCGCGUUAUUUGCUAUGCACCAGCUAGGGGCUAGGAUCAUUUGGCUUUUCAAUCGAACGAUCGCCAACGCGGAAAAGCUGGCCGCUGAAGUGCCCAAGAGCUGGAACGUUAACGUGAUUGCGGACUUGAAUCUUGUGCCGAUCGCGCCCAGCGCUAUCGUCUGCAAUGUGCCAGCCCAGGGCGUCAGCCUCGACCCGGCCAGCGGAGCCGGCGUCGUGCUCACUCCUGCCAUUCUUGCACAUCCAAAAGGAGGUGUUGUCAUCGACAUGGCUUACAAGCCCGUCUACACGCCAUUGUUGGAGUUGGUCGACAAGACGAAUGCUGCCGCCGUAUCUGAGCCCGAUCGACACAAUCUCAGACAAGGAAAAUUGUGGACCGGCAUACCUGGCAUCACAAUCGUCUUGGAGCAAGGAUGCCAUCAAUUUUCGCGCUGGACUGGCAGACAAGCACCGCGGGCCGAGAUCGAGCGCGCUGCUUGGGAUCAUUAUCACAAACAGAAUGCUGCUUGAACGCGGACAUGUAGAGAAUGUGACGUCACCGAUCGAGAGAUAAUGCAAUGCGUACUGGCACGACUUGCGCGAGCAAAUGAUGCUCGAGUCCAGCUUGCAAGGUCUGACACGACGCGUCGCCGCACAAUCCUCUGACCGCAUGUGAAGAGUGUUUUCAGCCUACCUGCAAGUCUCCUCGGU